UAAUUAAUUUCUCUGCACGUACUACUACUUUGUAUAUGAUGUAGAAUACGUGAAUGUAAACAUCUAACAUUAGUAGUUACGAUGCUCUUUUAAAUAAAACGUGUUAUGAUUUUGAAUGUGCGGUUCUAAAGGACGGUAUAAAAUCUGCUUUUAUAUCGAUACCUGUAUUGACAUACUGACUUUUUUUUCUUAAGUUGGGUUCGUCCCUGCAGACACUGGCAUUCAGCUCACUAUUACAUAAUGAGGCUCUGCAAAACAUCGCAACAUGUGACAUAUGUAGUAUACAGUUGUGUUCAAACGAAGUGCCCCUCUCAUGACAGAUUAAUUUGCUACAGAAGGGGCACCCUGACCUGUAUUCAGAAGGGUUUACAUAAUCCUGAACGCGUGGAGAUGGAGUGUGAUCGGCUUGCAAAGAGGCAGAGCAGUGACCAGCGGGGGAAUGGUGGACGGAGGAGAUCUAGAAAUGUGUGAGAAAGAGGCAGAGAGCCGAGCCUGCGAGGGACCCCCCUGGCCGGCCCGUCUCCGCAGCACCUCCUCCUGCUCCUCAGAGGGUGGGAGUGGGGGGGCUGGUGCCCAUGCCCCCUCGCCCGCAGACAGGCAACCUGCUGCUCCGGACGGGGGAUGGGGCUGGGUUGUUCUCCUGGCCACUAUUCUGGUGCUGGCGCUGACCCUGGCCUUCCCCUCCUGCAUUGGCAUCUUCUACACGGAACUGCAGAGCCAAUUCCACGCCAGCAACAGUGAGACCUCCUGGGUGCCUUCCAUAAUGACGGCCGUGCUGCACGCUGGGGGUCCGUUGUGCAGUGUGCUGGUGGAGCACUAUGGCUGUCGUGUGACCGUCAUGUUGGGCGGGCUGCUGAGUGGCAUCGGCAUGGCAACCAGCUCCUUCACUCAGUCCAUUGGCCAGCUCUACAUCACCGCUGGCAUAAUCACAGGUUUGGGAUUCUGUCUGAGCUUUCAGCCUGCCAUCGCCAUCCUGGGGCACUACUUUGUACGUCGGAGAGCCUUCGCCAACUCCCUGGCGUCCACGGGCACCGCCAUUGGCCUGUCCACCCUCCCGCUCUUCGCCCAUUUCCUGCUGAGCCACAUGGGCUGGCGGGGCAGCUUCCUGAUCCUGGGGGCGGUGCUGCUGAACUGCUGUGUUUGUGGAGCUGUGAUGCGGCCGGUGCACCAGGGGAGCAAGAAGCCAAACCGGACCAGGGGCCAGACGGACAAAGUAGAGAACGAGCCAUCCUGUAACGGACAUUACAGAGCCAACGGGAAUCUAGCAGCCUUCCGGGCCGCACUGCAGAAGCACAUGGCCUUCGAUCUGUUCUGCAGCAAUAAGCGCUACCAGAUCUACAGCAUCGGGGUGACCUGGAUGAUGCUGGGCUUUGUGGUGCCGCUGGUGUACCUGGUGCCCUAUGCGACCAGCCAUGGCAUGGAACACGACAGGGCCGCCCUCCUGCUCGCCAUCCUGGGCCUCAUCAACAUCUUCAUGCGCCCACUGGCUGGCAUCAUCUCCGAGCUGCACUGCCUCUCAGGGAAACACAUCUACCUGUUCAGUGGCGCCGUGCUGGUGAACGGCCUCAGCAACUGUAUCUGUGGCAUCGGGGCCAGCUUCACCGUGCUGCUGGCCUUCGUGGUGGUCUACGCCCUAUCCAUGAGCUUCGUCGGCUCGCUGCUCUUCCACGUGCUCAUGGAGAUUGUGGAGAUGCCUCGAUUCCCCAGCGCACUCGGCCUGCUCACCAUCAUGGAGAGUGUCACCCUGCUCAUUGGUCCCCCCCUGUGCGGCCUCCUUGUGGACACCACUCAGGAAUACAAGUAUGUUUUCUAUGCGUGCUGCUGCGCCGUGGUUUCCUCUGCGCUCUUCAUGGGUGUAGCCUUCAACCUGCUGGAACGGGACGAAGGAAAGACCAGGGAUCCCCCAAAACACGCUGCCCCCCUCUCCCUGGACUGCCAGUACACUGGGAUCACACCGGGGAGCAGAGCAGGGCAGAGGAGCAUCUCAGAGUACAUCACCACCGUCUGAUAGGCUGCAACUCCCACACCCCAUUCUCAGGGGCUCACCCCUCCCUGCCGCUCAGUCCACAGAGUUUUAGUCGUGCCUAAUUUGACAGGAUCAUUUUCAUUGUACUGUAGAUCAUCAGGAUCACUGACGUCUUUCACAGUACAGUUUAGAGUUUCACAGUCCAGCCCAUGCUCCAUCCAGGGAUUGCUUCACAGUGUCUCAUUGCAGGGAAUGUGCAAUACCAGCACCGAGUACAGAGACCCUGUUUCAUCGACUGCUGAGCAGGGCUUGUCUACUUAGUAUAGUUCCUUAAACAUUUUCUAUGAGAAUUUAUGAUUGAGCAUUCCUGAGAAAUCUCCUGCAUCUGUGAGAAUCUUUUGCUUGUUGCGCACUUAUGUGAAUUACAUCACUGGUGGGAUUCUUCCAGAUUUUCUGUAUCCGUGUCACAGCUUCUUUUAGCUUUCUUCAGUGCCUAGAACUUUUUUAAAUAUUAUAUUCCUCCCUCCCAUGGUAGCUUCCAUACCAUGCCUUAAUUGUUCUUAUAAGUACAACUCCCAUUGCAGAGCCAGGUUCAGUAACUCACUCAUUUAGAUGUAUUACCGAAACUCAAGAGCAACCAGAAAACUGUAAAUACAGCUGCAGGAACAGCUUCUAAUAGUAAACUCACGUAUUCAUGCUGUGAUGAGAAGUACAAAUCCAGAGUUGCUACGAAGAGACUGUAUAAUGCACUGGUGAGACACAACUGGAGUACUCUGGCCAGUUCUGGCCACCUCAGCACCAAAGGGACAUUGUGACCCUGGAGAGAGUCGAACAAAGCGCAACCAGACUAAUCCCAGCAAGGCUUACAGGAAUGAGCCUUGAAGAAAGAUUGAAAGAAGUUGAAAGAAGCAUAUUGUGCCUGGACAGUUCUGGAUGACAGAGUUAUUGUAAACUUUAAACACAACAAUGCCUCAAUAAAUUGUGUACCUGUUAAGAGCCUGUUUAAACAGGUGUGUUCAUACCUGCAUGCGUGAUCCAGCUGGCACUCAGGGUCUCUGUUUCUUUUCAUUUGGCAUAAUUUUCAGAAUGUCUGAAAUGGUUUCCCUUGCAAUGGUGGAACUUUUUGUGUUGGUUUUGGUAAACAGUCAGCCCUUUUGAUAAGUGCAAUUUUUCUAUCCAGAGCUAGCUGUUGUGAUGAAGUGUAGACAUUAUAUUUGUGGUUCAGUAACUGCAUAAUUCAGAAUGGAGCUAGCGGGACACGUGAGUACAUACACAACAUCUUGCUUUUGUUUGGAUUUUUUAAAUGCUAGUUUUAAACUUUGAAAAAAGAAAUCACAUGUCAGAUUAACAUUGGUUUUAGACAGACAAGACCCAUUCAUUUCAAUAGGGAUUUGGUGUGAAUUCUACAGAAUGCUGGUGUGCAGAGGGACAGGAUUAGACAGGUUUCACUGUACUAGGGUUCAGACGAGCAUUGAUGGGCUGAAUGGUCUCCCCUCGUUUGUACAUUGCAUUAUGAUCAGUUCAAAACAAUUGCUGAAAUUCCUGACAUCUUGUCAUUUCAGUAAUACCAAAGAAAAGGAUUUCUAAAAUCCAAGAUUGGGUGCAGAAUUCGACAGGUUGUAACCCUGUAGAGCUGUCUCAGCUGUUCCAUUUUCACUGUGGGCUUCAUUACCUAAACCAGAGGCUUUGCCUUUGCCUCGUGGGACUUCAUGUUCUUAGUACAACCUGGAGUGACUCAAACUGCUCUGCAAUGGAGGUAAAUACAGAGUAUAGAUCGCAGGGGCUCCAUGUUGCAAGCCAGCUUGGGCUCUAAUGCAUUUGACAGGCAGCAGUUACAAAGCCUGGGUUGGGAGGUUGAGGGAUGAAUAACAAUGUAAGCAAUAUGUUGAUGAAAUGUAGUUGUUCCAUGGAGGUGUGUAUCUGGGAUCCCUUUACCCUGAUGCAUCACUUUAGUCUCAUGACUGCAGUUUGAACAUAAAAAAUCUCUAUUAUUCACUCUGGAGAAUUCUACAGGUAAUAUCUCUGACACUGGGGCCAAAGCUUUCCUAUUGACUUCCACAUGUACACGUGUUUCAAUACAAAUCUCUGCUGUCAAUCAAAAACUCAACCCUCAGUGGUUAACCACACUGUGGAGCUCUUAUUGCUUCAGGCUUUUAUAAAUCUGUUUACAAACUGUAGCUUCUGAUGCCAAUAAAUGAGGUCAGAGAU